AUGAGAGCUGAUUACCUCACUGUUUCUACUUUGAUGAGCAAACGUGCGUUUUUUGUAUUUCAAGGCAGGUGGUGCGCGUUCCUGAUUGGUUUUGAUAGCUUCCACUUGUCUUCAAUCAGCCUUGUGGACAGUCUGCCUGCAGCCUUCCGUUGUUCUCAGUUAUGGCGUUUAUGGUUAUAUUUUCUUUUUAAUGUUGGAAUCACUCGUCUCUGCGUUUGCCUAACUCGAAAACAAAAGGAAGAACAUAAAAAUUCCCAAUUUUCCCACUACUUUGAUGUUGAUGUACGCGAAACUCUCAUCUAUGAGUAUUUGCUUCAUAAGGGAGUAACAAUACUUGGCUGUGAUUAUCCAUUAUUCAUGGUCAAAAUGGCAGCUAAUGCAGAAAUACAAAUGGCCGUCUGUAUCCACACCAAAGGAUUUGGGGUGAUUAGUCUUGAAAAUUGCAGAAUUGGAGAAAGUGAACGAGUUCCUCAAUGUUUGCAUCUGUGGUUCACCACUGGUUACAACGAAUUUUGGCCUUCACCUGCCAGCAAAGGUGAACAAUUACUAAUAGGAGUGAAAUUACAUAGAGGUGUUGAUUUGCACGAUCCUGAAGUUCACAUGAUGCUCACGUUGGUUCGAGUUAUUAAUUCUAUUUUAGAAUACAUACCUUGUGCUGCUAAUCACCUAAGUGUUGAUCCACCAUUGAACAUGAAAGCCAGCCCUACAGUGUCCUCCAUUACUAAAGUUACAAGUUGGACAGACAUGCUGGAGGAGGAAAGUCUUUGUGUUUGCAGUUGUGAGGUCGAUGUGAAUAAUUUCUCCUCCUUUACCACUUCCUCCUCUUCCCCUUCAUCCGACUCCAGCGGUGGAAGCAGUGAAGUCACUGAUAUGGAGGAAUGCACACUCUCCAGCGCACCAGCUCCUCUCCUCAGGCACACGUCCGUAAACAUCAACACUGGGACACAAAGGGUUAAAGAACCCUACAAAGUAGCCACACCUCCAGAAGAAUUUAAGCAGUUCAUGAGUUCUGGGAUAGUACCGGAAGAAUGGUUUAGAAAGUCUCGUAGAAUAGCAAACACAGGUCGUGUAAGAACUCAAUUGGCGGAAGUAAUAAAAAAAUUGGAUAUGUCAAUAGGAAGAUUGCGCGAAGCAUCUGCUAUCAAUGCUUUAACACCAGUGAAAGUAACGGGAAGAGGACCUAUUGAAGUAGAGGUGGAAUUGUAUCCGCUUAAGGGAAACGAUCACAGGAGCACUCAUGAAGGGGAUGCCCCUGAGAAAUUGAAUCGAUCACACUCUAAACUACCGUCAAAAGUAGUAGACUCACCAAGAGAUGCAAUUUCAGAGGUGUUGUUUUUAGCAGAUGAGAUAAAUUGCCCUACUUCAGAGCGAAAACAUGAUAAAAUAAGGAACCAGAAAGCUAUUUCGGCGAAGCAUUCCCCUGUCAAAAAGUAUGACCCACUUACUCCAAAAUGGGAAGAUUUAGAAGGGGGCAAGGUUGAAUGCCAUCAGGGUGAUAAGAAGCCAAUCCGCUCACUAAAGCCACAUAAAAUGCAUGAGGAAAAACAAUCGUUUGGCAUGACUGUAUCAUCAAACAGGAUGAAAUGCGUGGAGGAGUUAUGCGAAGAGUCUCCGUGUCCUUUUCAAAGGAGUGGUGGUUUAUCGACAAACGCAUGUGAAAACCAUGUGCCAAAUCCGACCUCAACACAUGCAACCGAAUUGGCAAGGGACUACGAAAUCGUUGUGCGGAAAAGUAGCCACGAACGGAAGAGAUAUUUUGUGUGUUUGAUGGAUGAAAUACAGGAGCGGAAUUUGAAGGGAUGUGUUGAAACGCCUUGUUUUGAGGACGCUAUGAAGGAGGAACUACCAAUCGAGAAACGAAGGGCCAAUUCAAAGUCUAUUUUGGACAGAAAUAGAGAGUUGCUCAAUUUACAUCGAAACUCAAUAGAAGUGGAAAAAAACUGUGAAGGUAAUACCUUAGGUAAAACUAAUGCUAUUCAUCAAAAAGGUUCAUUUGCAGACAUGGUCGCCACCUGCAUAGGAAAUUGCAUUGAAGAAAUGUCACAGACAAACCGUGAGUUCGUACAAAUUUCCCAGUCCAUAGAUCCACCGCAUGGAGAAUUACGUUUUAACUCCUCCUCCGAAACCAGCUUCGAUUCAUUCGAGGUGAUUACAGUACUGCAAACUUCUGAUGAUGUAUCAAGGUAUCCAAAUAAUGUGGUAAAGAAGUUACACUUUUGUAAACCAAAAGAUACGACAAAAGGUCAACUGAAAGAGCCCUCUUGUACACUCAUUGAAAUAAGUGAUGAUUCUGUGGCGUUUUUACCGGAAUUACCAAUAGAAAAUACUCGAGUUUUGCCUCCUGAUCUGAAGUACGUUCUAGGCGGUAGGGCCAAAAUCCAGACAGGCGAAUCAUGCGCUACGGAUGCCCUAAAGGUUUAUGAAAAUCCAACUCAAAUCCCUGAGUAUAUUAUUCGUGAUGAAAACAACGAUGCUGCUGAUGUACGAGGAUGGUAUCCAUCACUUUAUUCAAUCCCUAAUAUGGAAAAGCACCUGGUUGAGGCUUGCGCCGAAUUUUCGCAUGACUUGUGCGGAAUACAGGUCAAAGUAACGGAACCGCAAGGCGCGGAUGUUGUUACCCAGACACAUUUGGUCAAUGUAAUUGAACCAAACAAAUGUUUGCGAGUGCUGCAACCUUUUUGGAAUGUAACGGACAAAAGUUUUAAAAGUUUUGUCGACUCCUCCGAACACGAAAUGUAUCGAAGAUGCGCAAUGGAAACCCAGAUUUCACCCAGUUCUAAUGAGCUGUCAUGGCUUUUGCAGGAUGGUGACACGGUUAGAGAAGGGGCAAUCGAACUGUCACUUGAAAAGCAUUAUCAAAAUACGGCAACUACAUCAAACUUAACUGAUACGAGGCAGUUUGCUUCAAAGAAUAGUAAAAAUUCUCAAAAAGGACCUGAAUUUCCUUUCCAUUGUACAUCCCACGACAGCGAUGGUUUUGGUGAUGUCGAAGAGGGUUUAAGAGAAAAUGAGAAAUGUUUCACUAAAUCCUACCAAAUCUGUCAUGUUCUUGGCACUUCUUCCUCUGUUGACGGUGGUCAAACACAGGCAAAUGACAACGACAAGAGUGGUGAUUUUAAUGCUGCACAAUUAGAAUACACCGGAAAAAUACGACUUGUUAAUUCUACACUUGGUUAUAUGGUAACCCCACCAGAUCGACCGAGGGAAAAUGUUGAAAUCUUGGAGAAAGCUCUUGAAAAAAUCGAACGCCUAAAAGCACUCGAAGUCAAAAGGUGUAUAACCCUGCCGACUGCUCUUACGGUUUCGAGAAAUCUCAACAGGGUUUGUCAGAAGGUAUUAGCAAUCGAGGAAGAAGUCAUGGAAACGGUUGAUCGGUGGGACAAAACGCUUCAAAGGACUUCAAAGAUUGCUCUGCUUCCGUUGGUUAACAUACAUCCGAAACCGGAAAUUCGUACAAAUCAAAUAACAACAACUUUUGCCAAUGAAACAGUCGACAAUCUAUACUUUCUGAACUCAACUGCUUUGGUAAUGCCUCAAAAUACAUUUCAAAAAGAAGAGAAAUCAAUUGGAAAUAAACCACAAACAGUAUUUCCCGAAUCAGUUUGUAUCAUCCCAUUGCAGGGAACGCCAGGAUUUUUUAACAACUAUAAGCCAUUUCAUUGCUCACAGGAAAACCCUAGAAAUUUAUCAAAAAUAGAGGACAUAAUAAGCUCACCCUUUAUUUCCACUAACACACGGGAUGGAUUAACAGAGGGCACUGAAUCCGAAGAAACCAACCCAGUCGUGGUGGAUGACCCACCUGCUCAAAAUGCUGCUGAAACAUUAAAACAUCUAGACAGUUUGGAGAAUUAUUAUUUUGCACUAGAGCAUCUAAAUGCUGCGAAGAAAAGCGUGCAAAGACCAAACUGCGAAGGGAGUGAUUUCCUAUUGUGCUGGAGUUCUGCUCCACCGAUUUCUAGACUAAAUGGUUACCAUUUUAACUCGACAAAAAUUCCCCUAAGGAAUCAUUCAAAGCACCUUUUCCUUCCUCAUGGUAAGCACGUGAUGUCAAGACUCAAGGAAAGUCGGCCAUUUCCAUGUGGCACAUUCAAGAAUCCAUCAGGAGGAGGAGGAGGAGCGAGCAUCUGUGGUGAACGUGUGCGGCCGAUAGUUCUGAUGAGCGGUUUCAAACUAGAUGCUGACAGCAAAUACCCUGAACAGACCCACAAUACUUUUUAUAUUAAGGAAAAGGACAGAUCAAAUAACAGCAAACGUGAAACCGUCCCCACGAGUCAAUGGACGGAAAAGGGGACUGUGCGCAUUAAGACCCUAUCCACAAAGCAGGAGCCGAAAAUAAGACGUGACUGCAGAAAUCCACUAGAUUUGCUAAUUUUGGACACAAUUUCGAGUAUUUCAGAACAUAAUGCAAUGGACAGCAACGGAAAUGAAUCAUUUGACAUGCGACUGUUGUUUGAACGCAGGAGAUGCAAAAGGUCAACUUCUGUCUGGUGGAAGAAGUACAGAUCAAAUAAUUAA